AUGUUCGUUCAUGCUUUUUGUGUCACAUAUAUGGUGCUAUGUAUGGGGCCCGUCCUGAUAUCAACACAGACCAUUCCUCGAAUGAUACCCGCGGUGUUAGGGAGCUCUGUGACUCUGGACUGUACCGUGUCGCGGUCCGCAAACUCAUUCCUGGUCUGGGAGAAAAUAACACCCACAAAGAUUGUUAUCGCCAUUAACGAUAAAUUACAAAAUGGAUUCCAAAACUCUUCAAAAAUAUCUGUUCACUUACGUCACGAUGGCUCGACAUCAUUAGAACUGAAGUCGAUGGGCCUGAUGGAGGAUGGCGAGUACAGAUGUUAUGACGUCAUAGAUUUGUCGACGGCGGAUAAAUUUGACGUCACAAUUUUGGUGCGCCCGUUUGACGAUGGGGUGUCUUCACUGAUUGGUCAGAUAGAUGAGGGCACCCAGCAGACGAUUACGUGCACCGCGGAUGGCGGGAAACCCUCGCCGAGCAUAGAAUGGUAUCUUUUGAGCCCUGAUGUCAAUAGGACGAGAUUAACUGGCAGUGAAGAAGCCAGACAGUAUCCGAACGGGACUUGGUACAAAAGGAGCAAUCUAACCUUUACGGUGACGAGGGAGAUGUACCGAAGUACUUUGUACUGUUUAGUCAACACAGGACCCAUCCCCUUCUACAACGAAAGCUUUCAGACACAACUGGAUGUCAAUCUAUCACCUUUAAUGCCAGCAAUUGGGUACUUUACGGGUCUAUUCAACGACGGGGAAACAAAAACCAUUACCUGCACAUCGGCCGGAAGUAGGCCAGCAGCUACCAUUGAAUGGUACAUAGAUGGCGCUAAAUUACAAAACACUAUUCAUGAGGUACUACCGAGGUCUGAUGGAACAUUCUUUGUAACCGGAAUUUUAUCCGUUAAAUUCGACAAAAGUAUGAGUGGACGUCAAAUGAGAUGUGCCGCUUCAAACUCCGUAACACAUACUAAUGGCGUCGGCGAUGUCAACAGGACACUCACACUUCUUGUAACGUAUGCACCUCAGAUAACGUCGGAAAACGGAACAAGGGAGGUAACUGAGGAUUCCGACGUCGUUCUCACUUGUCAGGUCGAUGCGAGGCCCAUGCCUUUACCACAAAAUAUAUUCUGGCGCCACAAUAACAACAUUAUAGCCUUGGGAACAGGGAGUAGAUUUAACUACACUUCAAGUCGAGUAGCCGAUCUUCACAUUUCUUCCGUGAAAAGAGAGGACGCUGGGAACUACGAGUGUCAGGCUCUAAACACGAUUGGUGUUGGGGUAGGACAAAAAGUCCACAUCGAGGUGUCAUAUCGCCCAUUUUGUACACAAGGUAGCGUUGUAAGGCACGCUGUGAAGCUUGGGAGCUCUGUGACGGUCACGUGCACAGUUGAUGGUAAUCCUGGGAAUUCCACAAUUAAAUGGCGUUACAAAGGAACUGGGAUAACUAUAACUCCUAGUGUUUCGAAUCAUGUAGUAUACGGUAGACCGAGGGAAACAGUUUCUACGGCUGUCAUUUCAGUGACAGACGACUGGCAGUACACAGAUGUUGAAUGUGUCGGAUCGAACGCAAUUGGUGAAUCCAGAUCGCCAUGUAUUUACCGCAUAGUGAGACCAGGUCCUCCGGAAGUGCCCACAAACUGUACGUGGUCCUCGCUAAAUGACGUGGAGAUUCGCGUGCAAUGCAAUCCCGGGUUUGAUGGAGGAUCCGGUCAAUAUUUCGUCCUUCAACAGUCAGAGAGUGGCGGUCAGUAUGAAACGACCAAGAAUGCUACAGUGGCCAUGUUUGUAGUAUCCAACCUAAAGGCAGGAACUCGCUAUUCGUUCAAGAUAUGUGCAAUAUCUGACCUAUAUCCACAACUUCCCAGUUGCUCUUCUGAAGUAGCAGCCCAGACAUCCGAGGGGAUAAAUGACCAACAAGCUUUGGCAUCCGCAGGAAGUCCGAAUAGCGCCCCCUAUAUCGCUGCUGGAGUCAUGGGAGCUGUUGUCCUUUUCAUUUUAAUUGGAAUUAUCAUCUUCUUUGUUCGGAGAAGGAGACAGCUGGACAAGGACCCACAGGAAUCCACCUGGAACCAGAACAAUAUCCCAAACACAGGCCAAUCAAAACAAGGAGAAUCAUGUCAUGUGAUAGGAACAUCAAAUGGCUCUAGUUUAACGAAAAACGCAAAUAUCGUCCAAAAUUCUUGCGGAGAACGUGGUAACAACCAGUUCAUAUUGGCGGAUGGUAACGAGGCUAUUGUAAGACACAUUAAUCCAUAUGAUAUAAAGAACUUUGACCCGGAAGUUGAUCAUUCGAUCUCCAAUAAGAUGAGGGUAUACCAAGUUCCUUCCCACCAGCCACUGAUAGAGGACAAUGUCAACGUAAAGACGAAGAAAGGAGAUGACUUUGACGUUAAUGACUUUCAAGACUGGCUAAAAGAGACUCCGUCACAUUUUGGUGAUAGUUCAAGGCAUAACCUUUGUUACAGUGAAGCGGAUAUUUCAAUGGCAACAACGGAUCGCAGAUACAGGCCACCUAUUGAUGACAAAAAAUCUGUGUCUUUGGAGAUUAUACCGAAUACAAAUGAUUCAAAGUUAGAUGAUUCUGGUUUGACCUUUCAAACAAAUCUUUUAUCACAUUUCAUAACCAUAGAUAACUAUACAGAAGAAAACGAAAGUUCAAGGUCAUCGAGUUCCUUCAGUUCGAAACUCAAAAGUUGUGUCAUACCAACAGACCCUAUAAGCGGGGAAACAGAUACGGAAAAAAAAGAAGGCAUUUCCGUGGAUAAUAACAAACAACCGGUAAAGAGGUCGAGUUACAAACUUGCAAUGCAUAAUAAUGAUGAUUUCACAUUACACGACUUUUUCUCGGCAUCUGUAGAGGCAUUGGCCGCACUUGAUGCCACACUUGAAGACGUCACACCACUGGACAUCAGUAAUAACAGUGACUCAUCCGGGUCUUUCAAGAGUAGUAGUGACAAUAUUGACCGACACAUCAAAGAAGAGAAUCCAAAACGUCUUUCGGAAGACAACGACUUGCCACAUAAAGAACAUGUAAAACGGUGCCAUAAUGGACGCGAGACGAAAGAGGAUGAUACAUGUCCGGAACAGGACUAUGUUGAAAUGUCUUUCUUGUCCGGUGAACCAGAUGAGCCGAUACCUAAAGUUCCUGACAAGGUCUACCUUGAAGAAACUUCAUCACGCGAUAAACUGAAAUGUGAUGAGACGGCUGCAUUAUCGAAUUUACCUAGCACAGAGGUUGUGUUUACUGAUGACUACAUUGAUAUGGCGACAAUACCUGCAAAGCAAGUGAAUGUUUGUAAGAACGCGUUACAGGACGAAGGAAGCAAGGAUGAGUCGAAUGACUUACCUGGCAGUAAAGGCCCUAUUGAGAAGAUAAGGCUACGGUGCAAGCGUGUUAAUGUUAAGACUCCGGUGCCAUCUGUUGGUGAUGAUAAAAGUGAUACAUCCUACAGUUCCGAUACCUCUUCAGAAAGUUCAUCUAGCGAGUGUGAUUCAGAGGAAUUCACUACCCCACAGGAAUCAGGGAACAAUCGAAAUCCCUCUGAACAGGAAGAAAUUGAUAAAAAUAUACCUUUUAUGGACAGUGGUGAUGAGGCAGAAAUGAAAACUACAACAGAGGAUAGCACAUCUCCAGUAUAUUUCUGA